CAGCCACACUAUAUAAAUGUCUCCAAACAUUGCCAUUUAGUGUUAACACAGAGAGUAUGUACCGUGAAAUAUUGUUGUGUUUAAGUGAUUAUUAGUACAAUAAUUGAAUGGAUAAAAUGGUGACAGUAAAAAUUUUACUGGCGUUAGCGCUAUGUUAUGCUGCCGAAGGCAUUCACCUUAGUUACCGAUCGAGUUUGCACAUUACUGGACUUGCAGCCACUUUAGCGAGGGUUGCAGCAUUUGGCUCCCAAACUGAAGGACGGCGUGUCACUGGAUUUGGUUGUAGCAAAACAACUCCUAAACCUGAUACAGAUCAGGACUCAGCUUCUAAAACCUGUGGACUUGCACCUACAAACUGCACGAAGUCGCGUUACAGAAGCGUUGAUGGUUCCUGCAAUAACCUUGAAAGACCAGUUUGGGGUUUACCUAAUACGCCUUUGCGUCGGAUUGCGCCUGUUAAUUACGACGAUGGUGUGAGUGCCUUAAAGGCCCAUUCGAAGACGGGCCGACCUCUGCCGAAUACCCGUGAACUUAGUCUACGACUAUACCCUGACCUGCAGGUUAUUGACCCUGUAUGGACCCUAAAUACACAACAAUGGGGACAAAUUGUAGCCCACGACUUGUCACUAUCAGCUAACGAUAUAGAAGCUCCGGAUUUCAAUCCACCGAAUAAGGGGUUGACGAACUGCUGCGAUGACAAUGGGAAACUGACGAUUCUUGCUCAAACGGUCCCGUUUUGUGCUCCCAUAGUGAUACCUCGUAAUGACCCUGUUUAUCCACGAGAAACAGAGUGCAUAAACUUUGUAAGGACGGAAACGACUAAAGAUAGAGGAUGCACUCCACCUAAUGUUGCUGCUCAACAGCUAACGUCAGUCACAACCUUCAUGGAUCUCUCCACUGUCUACGGCAGCAGCCAAAGUCAGGCCAAUGCCGUCAGAGCUCGACGAGGAGGUCGUUUAUUGACCAUUGUGAGAGGAGGCCGGGAAUGGCUACCAAACAAUCCUAAACCAACUGUCAACUGUGAAACUGCGCGGUUACCUAACGAACCUUGCUAUUUAGCUGGUGACGCCCGUGUGAAUCAAAACCCUCAGUUGGCGACUCUCCAAGUCGUGCUGCUGAGGGAACAUAACCGCAUCGCUGACACGCUGGCACAACUCAACCCUCACUGGAACGACGAGACUAUCUUUCAAGAAGCCAGACGUAUCCACAUUGCUGAGACACAACACAUCAACUAUUAUGAAUACCUUCCUAUUCUGUUAGGUUAUGAAAAUAUGGUGAAGAAUAAGCUCAUCUACCCUGAUACUAAUGGUUACGUUAACGACUACGACCCUGGAGUGGAUCCCUCUAUCAUCAAUGAAUACAACACAGCUGCCUUCCGUCACUUCCACUCCUUGAUCAGAGGUCAUUUGGAGUUAGUUUCAGAAAACCGUCGCACCAUUGGAGCCGUGCGCCUGAGUGACUGGUACACACGGCCUCUGCUGUUGGAACUUGACAAUGCCUUCGAUCACUUGGUUCGAGGACUUACAACCCAGGCACAAGACUCCAGCGACCAGUCCCUCGAUGUUGAAAUCACUCAGUACCUGUUCAGACGUAACUAUACUUAUGGAAGUGACCUGCGUGCGAGAGACAUUCAAAGAGGUCGUGACCACGGUUUGGCUUCAUACAUCGAUACUAGAGCUGCUUGCGGUCUUUCUGUUCCUAAAAACUUCUCUGACAUGUUGGACUACAUAUCUCAAGAGAACGUGGCUGCUCUUCAAAACCAUUACGCAUCUCUUGAAGACGUAGAACUGAUGGUUGCUGGUUCUUUGGAGCGCAACGCGCCAGGAGCUCAAGCUGGACCGACCUUCGUCUGCAUCAUCAUGGAGCAGUUCUACAGGACACGUGUUGGCGACAGAUAUUUCUAUGAAAAUGGAGCUGAUCCUGACAUUGCUUUUACACCAAGCCAGCUCGACUCGAUACGCAAGGGAGCAUCAAUAGCGCGGCUGCUAUGUGAUAACAGUGACGGAAUACAGUCUAUGCAGCCCAGAGCCUUCCAAAAGAUAUCGCACACGAACGAGCUUGUACCAUGUGAUACGCUGCCAGCUAUAAAUCUAACCCUAUGGCAAGAUGUAUAAGGCUAAUUUUAGAAUGUAAGAAAUAGU